UAAAAGCAGCUCCGAUCUCUCAGAGCCUGUUGGAAAGGAGGACAAUCUCCUGCUUCUAUAAACUCAGCCGUGAAGAGCAGGAACAGAGAGAGGGACCCCCAGGAACUCUCAGAGACCCCCAAACUCACACCAACAAGAGGCACAGGGGCAUCCCUAGGAAUAGGGGGUCCUGCGGAUGAUUUACAGAUCCAGAGGAAUGUACCCGGACACGGGCAGGCGGAGAUGCCCCUGGACACUCACACUCACACUCGUGGCUGUCCUGCUGGAGAUGGGGAGACACCAGGCUCAAGGAACUGGUCUGACAGUUGCUUCUGAUUUAAGACCUACCUCUACAUGGAGCAUUACACAUGAUCCUGAUAAAGAUAUCUACCUGACACUUGACGAACCCAUGAAUAAUAUAACAACCUCACUUGGGCAAACAGCGGAGAUGCAUUGCAAAGUUUCAGGAAACCCUUCCCCCACCAUCCGAUGGCUAAAGAAUGACGCUCCAGUAGUCCAAGAGCCCAGGAGAAUAUCCUUCCGGGCAACCAGCUACGGCUCGCGGUUAAGGAUACGGAACCUUGAUACAACAGACACUGGCUAUUUCCAGUGUGUUGCAACCAAUGGCAGAAACACUGUUUCUACAACUGGGGUGCUCUUUGUUAAGUUUGGGCCUCCUCCUACUGCAAGUCCAGGGACAGUGGAUGAAUUCGAAGAAGAUGGCUAUUGUCAACCGUACAGAGGGAUCGCCUGCGCAAGAUUUAUCGGAAACCGAACAAUAUAUAUGGAAUCUUUACAUAUGCAAGGGGAGAUUGAAAAUCAAAUCACAGCUGCUUUUACUAUGAUUGGGACGUCCAAUCAUCUAUCGGACAAGUGCUCCCAAUUCGCCAUCCCUUCUUUGUGCCAUUAUGCUUUUCCUUACUGUGAUGAAACUUCUCUCGUACCAAAACCUCGAGACCUCUGCCGAGAUGAGUGUGAGAUUCUAGAAAACGUCUUGUGCCAGGCUGAAUAUAUCUUUGCGAGAUCGAACCCCAUGAUUUUAAUGAAGUUAAAGCUACCAAAUUGUGAGGAUCUUCCCCAGCCUGACAGCCCAGAAGCCAGUGGCUGUAUAAGGAUCGGAAUUCCGAUGGCAGACCCAAUUAAUAAAAACCACAAGUGUUACAAUAGCACUGGGAUCGAUUAUCGCGGCACUGUGAGUGCUACAAAGUCCGGACGCCAGUGCCAGCCCUGGAAUUCGCAGUAUCCCCACACUCACACUUUCAAUUCAAUCCGCUACCCAGAGCUCAAUGGGGGACAUUCCUACUGCCGGAACCCUGGGAAUCAGAAAGAGGCCCCCUGGUGCUUUACCCUCGAUGAGAAUGUUAAGCAUGAACUGUGUGAUAUCCCAGCCUGUGAUUCAAAGGAUUCCAAAGAAAAAAACAAAAUGGAAAUUCUCUACAUAUUGAUACCCAGCGUGGCUAUACCGUUGGCUAUUGCCCUGUUGUUCUUCUUUAUUUGUAUCUGCCGAAAUAACCAGAAGGCCUCAUCCCCACCAUUGCAAAGACAACCUAAGCAUGUCCGUGGACAGAACGUGGAAAUGUCAAUGCUGAAUGCUUACAAACCAAAGAGCAAAGCGAAAGAGCUGCCUCUCUCUGCGGUGAGAUUUAUGGAAGAACUUGGAGAAUGCACAUUCGGAAAGGUUUACAAGGGGCACCUCUACCUCCCCGGGAUGGAUCACGCUCAGCUCAUUGCAAUUAAGACACUAAAGGACUACAACAAUCCACAGCAGUGGUCAGAAUUCCAACAAGAGGCUUCUAUAAUGGCUGAAUUACAUCAUCCCAACAUUGUCUGCCUUCUUGGGGUGGUAACUCAGGAACAGCCUGUUUGCAUGCUCUUUGAGUUCAUGAACCAUGGGGACCUCCAUGAAUUCCUAAUCAUGAGGUCACCUCACUCAGAUGUCGGUUGUAGUAGUGAUGAAGAUGGCACAGUGAAAUCAAGCCUUGAUCAUGGGGACUUCUUACAUAUUGCUAUACAGAUCGCAGCUGGGAUGGAUUAUCUGGGAAGUCAUUUUUUUGUCCAUAAAGACCUGGCUGCUCGGAACAUACUGGUUGGAGAGCAACUUCACAUUAAAAUCUCUGACCUUGGACUUUCCAGAGAUAUAUACUCUGCUGACUAUUACAGAGUCCAGAAUACGUCUGUUCUACCCAUUCGAUGGAUGCCACCUGAGGCCAUAAUGUAUGGUAAAUUUUCCACAGAUUCAGACAUAUGGUCUUACGGGGUGGUGCUGUGGGAAAUUUUUAGUUUUGGUCUCCAGCCCUAUUAUGGUUUCAGUAACCAAGAGGUCAUAGAAAUGGUUCGUAAGAGACAACUACUACCAUGCUCUGAAGAUUGCCCCCCAAGAAUGUAUAGUUUAAUGACAGAAUGCUGGCAAGAAAUACCAUCUCGGAGGCCCAGAUUCAAAGAUAUCCAUGUUAGAUUGAGAACAUGGGAAGGACUCUCUAGCCAUACCAGCUCAACCACACCCUCAGGUGGAAAUGCUACCACUCAGACAACAUCACUUAGUGCCAGUCCUGUGAGCAACCUAAGCAAUCAAAGAUACCCUAACUUUCUAUUUUCAGCACAAGCAAUGCCACAAGGCCAAAUUGCUGGAUUUAUUGGGCCACCAAUACCUCAAAACCAGAGAUUUAUACCAAUUAAUGGAUACCCAAUACCACCAGGAUAUGCUGCUUUCCCGACAGCUCAUUACCAACCACAGGCUCCUCCCAGAGUAAUACCGCAUUGCCCACCCCCGAAGAGCCGCUCACCAAGUAGUGCAAGUGGAUCAACUAGCACUGGUCAUGUAACCAGCUUACCAUCCUCUGGAUCCAAUCAAGAUGCAAAUAUUCCAUUAUUAUCUCAUAUGUCCAUUCAAAACCAUCCGAGUAGCAUAGGAGUGCAGUCAUUUGGAAACAAAUCUACCAAAUUAUACAAACUAGACAUGAAACAGUCAUCAUUAAUGGAAGACUCAGAUCUUCACGGGCAUAAUGAAUCAAUGAUUCCAUCGGAUUUGUAAAUUAGUAAUACUUUUUAUACUGUAUGCAGUAAAAAAAAAAAAAAGACUUAAAAAAGGUUUUAUAUGAAAUAUUUUUAUUGAACUGAGGUCAUUCCAGCUGGUAACUAGACAUUUCCGACAAGUAUCUUCUGUGAAGUUAGCGUUUAUAGCUUGCAGAUACACAGAUCACCAGUUUGCAAUGUGAUGAUACAGUAUUUAGUUCAUGUUACGCCUUGGUGGAUCCCAGAAAAUGUGGAAUCAAAUUGUGAACAAAGAUUGUCAGUAAGAAUUUACAACAUGCCGAAGUUGUCUCCUGGGGGAAAACCUGCUGUUAACACAUGUGGUAUACUCACUGCCCUGAACAUCCCUUUUUUAUGUCGCGUAUAAUAUCAUCUUGCUGACGAGAUGUUGAAUAAAAAUGUAUGUUUUGUUUUAGCUUCAGAUAGCCUUAAAUAUACCAAAGAGUACUAAUAAUAUUAAUACCUUUUUAAAGGUAUGGCAAGCAUUUUACCUGUGAAAUCAUCCUGUUUAAUAUCAUAGAUGUUUUUUGUACAGCUUUGAAAUAACUCAGUCAAUAUGAUCACUAUUAUGGUAAUUAAUGUUUAUUACACAAACAAAGCUAUUGGAUUUAAUUAUCUUUAAAAAUGUGCCUUCCACUUAACAGUAUGGAGUAUAUGGUUGCUUUCGUUCCGAGCAUUAAAAAUCAGAGCUCCAUAGUAAUAAAAUGUACAGUCAUGAGGAGAUGGGCCAUGGUCCUCUUUUGGUUGGGCACCUCUUUAGGAUCCAAGUCCACCUGUCCACUGUUACUUCUCUUAUGUCCUUCUGUUAUAGAAGAUGAAUGUAGAAUGUUUGGUGUAUGUGAAUGUAUUACAGAGCUCCAUAGCAAUACAAUUCCCAAUCUGUAGUAUCUAGAAUCCCAGAGCUCUACAGCAUGAACACUCACAGGUGUUGCAUAUGAGUAUGUCACAAAGCUCCAUGUCGAUAAAACUCAGAAACAUGAGCUAUGUGUAUAUAUGUAAGUGCAAUAAAAUGUGCAAUCGUGCAUUUUGUACAAGUGAAUCUAUAAAUUCCACAGCAGUAAAACGUAUGGUCAUGAGUGAAGUGUAUGAGUGUAUCGCAGAAUUCUCCAACAAAAAUCUUGGUUGUGAAUGAGCGGUAUGUAUGAAUGUAUCACAUAGUUUCGUAGCAUUGAAACUCACAUAUGUAAACAUCUCCUGCUCCCCCCUCAGGUGUAACAGUGGGUGAUAAUAGCUUUGAAAGGUCAGAUCAUACUAGCAAGUGACAAUAGACAAUGUUUAAACAGAAUUGCAAAGGCAGUAAUUUUCCAUUUUUGUUUUGCCAAAAUGUUUCCAAUUUUACCUCAAAGAAGAGGCUUUCUCUUAUUCCCCUUCUUUAGGAAGGCUCAUUAAGGCUCAGUAAGAAUAAUAGUUAAAUUGCAGUGAUUAAGCCCCCUCCACACCAUUUAUUUACAGAACUCAUUGUGGAUUUAAAUACAAAACAUUCAGAUGUUGUGAAUUGCAAUAUUUAGCGAGAAAGAAUUCUCCACUUCAGCCGUAGUCACAUAAUUUGGCCAUAACUGCCUUCAUUUUUCAAUUCACGACGUUAAUGCAAUGUUUAGUGAAUAAACCGCCAUCUAUAACUUGUAACUUGACAGGUGACUGACCAAAGUCAUCAAUCGAGUUAUAUUAACCAAGAAUACAAAUAAAAAGGAGUUAUAUUAACCACUUAUUACACACAGUCAGGAAGAGA